GAUCCCUGUGUUGCACAGAUAUGAAUAAAACAUUUUUAUUUUGAGGUAUUAUAAUGUAAUAACAUUGCAGAUGUUUCCCGCUCUUCCUCCAUUUAAGUCUCAGAGUGCUGUUUGACUUAUUAACUAUUAUUAAAAAAAAAACCCAUCUAAAAACCACACGCAGCUGUGAUUGGUCAGUUCUAACCAGCGCUGAGAAAAGUAACAGGUAUCACGUGACAGGGCUGCCUAUGUGCCGUUUCAACAAAAAUAAUCUGUAGCGAAGCAGUCAUAUCACACUCAUUAGCUUUAAUAAACACUGAAAUAAGCAGAAACAGUACAGAGUUAAAACAGCAUAUUUAUUAUUUGGACUCGCCUAAGCCCCGCCCACCCCGUUACGUCAGUCCGCGCCUCUGCUCUGAUUGGCUUUCGCCGGAACGUCUGCGUGGCGGUUUCAGCCUCUGACGAGAGAUAACCUCCUUCUCAAACAGCAGUCUUCCUCCGCGUUACUCUCAAAACUCGUGCGCGUCAGUCAUGCAGGUGAGCGGCGCGAGGCAGCGGCAGAAGAGUGCUGUGGAGCGGCGGCGGAGCGGGGAGCGGCGCACGGAGGACGCGGAGCGGCGGGCCCCUCGCUUCAGUCCCGGGGUCCGGCUCUGCGUCGCUCUGCUGGGUGUCUCCGCGGCGCUCAUCAUCGCGUGGCUGCUCGUUCAGCAGGAGGCGAAGCUCGCAGAAGUCACCCAGAAGUACGAGCGCAGCCUGCACGAGCUGGAGGAAAAGAUGGAUGAAAUCUCCCAGAAGUGUGUGCUGUUGUCCGCUCCGGCCGUCUCUCAGAUGGAGGCUCUGGAGGUGGAGGUGGCUCAGCUGCAGGAGCGCUUCUCCAGUCUCGCGGGUCAGCGGCAGCAGCUCCAGCUGAACCUGAGUGCUCUGGCUCAGGCCGUGGAGGGCGUGGAGCAGCAGGCCUCCAGCGAGGUGACCUCCAGACUGGCCUCCAUCCGUACGGACGUGCGGCGCAUGGCUGGGCUGGAGGGUGAGGUGGAGCUGCUGUUCAACCAAACGCAGGCCCUGGAGGAGAAGGUGGCCCAGACGGAGAAGCUGAUGGUCAAGCGCAUCGGCGAUCUACUAGCCGGCAGCAUCGACCGCGUCUCCGCUCUGAGGAGCUCAGCAGAGAAGAGCAGCCAGCAACUGGAUCAGAUCAGUGCGCUAGUUCAGCAGCUCUCGGCGGCUCACCGUGAACUGUCCGAGCGCAUCCUGGCACUGGAGAGCGGACAGGCCAAGCUGCUGAAGACCGCCACCUUCGCCAGCGACCUCAAGCCCAAGGUCUUCUCCAUCAGACAGGACUUCGCCAUCAUCCAGCCCAAACUGGACGACCUGACGCUGAGGAUCGGCCUGCUUGCUGAAGACCUGAUGAGCCGAGAGGAGGAGCGGAGUCAGAGAGAGGAGAAGAUGACUCCCUGAAAGAGGAGGACGCUCAGUACAUCAAGUACAGUCCAGUCGUGCUUCAAACUGAACUACUGCUGGAGCACACUGACGUUUAGCCACAGAGCAGCUGUAAGCCUUUCAAGAGCUCCUGCGAGAAAUCUGCUGACUGCAGCAACACUGAAAUGAAGAUCAGCAUGAGAUCUGCUGUGAUACUGACUGCCAGACUCAUUCAUGGUGCUGUUGAUCAGGUUCUGCAAGAUACAUCAAAGAAUAACCAUCUACAAAGCACGGUACACUAUACCAGUCAAAGGUUUGAUGCUAAGAAUUCAGCUUUGAAAUCACAGGAAUAAAUUACAUUUUAAACUAUAUUCAAAUAGAAAUCAGUUUUUAAAUGGUAAAAAUAUUUCAACAUUUUACUGUUUUUGCUGUAUUUUGGAUCAAAUAAAUGCAGGCUUGGUGAGCAAAAGAGACUUUUUUUUAGUUGACCUCUUUGUGAGUGUGAUACUGACUUUGAGAACCACAUCUGACCAGGUCGAGUCUCAAGCUCAAGCGAUACUGACUAGUGAAUUCAGGUAAUGAAGAAGAGGACGUGGAGGGAUCUGUGUAACGGGUUCAUCUUCAACACACAGUGACCCUAAAAAUCACACAUCAAAACCAGGGUCAUCUGAGCUCAAAUGACGACCUGAGCCAGUUCUUUGUCUGUUAACUUUGUGAUCUUUCAUGGAUGAAGUCCGUUCACGUCCUGCAGAAAAACCACCACUGCAGUUAAUUACAUUCACGUCUGAACAUGUUUGACUAGCAGAGGGUGUCCAAGACUUAAAUUUACAUUUAGUCAUUGCUUCGUAUUUUAAAACCUAACAAACUUUGAACAUUUGAAACAUUUUGUGACAAAUAUGACUGCUGUUUUUCUUUGAAAUAAAUGUUGAUAUUUUUAAUGUAAAGUCAAUUUGAAUUAUUUCCAAAUACAGUAGUCAACAUUUGAAGUGGAUCAAAAAAGUUCAUCAAACUUGUCCUAAGACAAGAACGUGUUUUAGUUUUAAGAUUUAGGACAAAUUUGAUGAAAGGUUUUGAUCCACUUCAAAGGUUUACUAUAACUUCUGUGACUGCUGUGUGUUUGUGGAGUCUACUAACAAAAACAUCAGUUUUAUAAGGUCAGUUACAGACAGUUCGGCAGUAUUCAUGUAUUACAGUAGUUCUUUCUCAUUUCUACAGGAUGCUCAAAUACUCAGUGACAAAACAGUUCACUCCCAUUAUAUGAUUCAGACAGAUUCAUUUUACAGCGUUGAUUUCUAUAGUAAGCAGUCACGGACAGUCAUGAAACUUUGAUGAUCGUGAUCUCAGGGCUGUUUUUUGAUGAUCAGGAUCAUGUUUUGCAUCCAAAUCCUCCUCAACUGCUCCUGAGAGAAUCACUGCUGUAUGAAAGACAGGGUCAGUUAAAAUAACAUCAUUUGAUUUUCCAUUGAUUUUAAUCUUUUGUCAUGUUUUAAAUUGUUUUAAGUCAUCUUGAGACACUCUUAGAUGUUUGCUGAUAAAACUAAAAUUAUAUAGAAAAUGUAUUUAUAAAUGUAAUUAAAAUACAUAAAUGUGAGAAAUGCUCUCAUGUCAUUGAAAAAAUAACUGAUUCUCAUUAGUUCACUUUGAGGUGUGAAACAGUAUGUUUUAUUGUAGAUUUAUGUGUAAAUCAUGUUAUAUUAAUAUUGAUUUUUGAUGCACUUUUAGGUAUCUUAUUGGUCAUUUGACACAAUGGUUUAAAACAUUGUAUUAGAAAACAGCUACAAUCUUGAUGCGUUCAGGGAUUGUGUUUUGGUUAUGAUGCUGACCAGUAACUCUACUGAGCAAGAGCUGAUUAAUUUACACUGCUUUUCCAGGUCUACAAAUCAUACUUUUGCAAUUAUGUUUGGUCAUGUAUUCAGCUUUUUCAAGACUGUGUGAAUCUUGGUUCUUCAGUGACAAAAGGGUAUAUUAAAAUAAAAUCA